UGCUCACUCCCCCGACCUUCCUCAUGUACAACUGGAACACAGCGACCGAGAAGCUGCGGCAGAACGACGACGUGUGGAAGGUGCUACGGCAGCAGAGGAAGAAGCGUUUCGACGCCAUCCUCCUCACCCUCUCCAAGAUAAUCUUCCGCCUCCAGCUCAUCAAGUCGGGCUAUCACUUCCACCGGCGCACGUCCGAGAUCGUCGAGAUGGAGUGGGAGGAGCUCUUCAGCAAGGAGUCCCCCGACGUCCUCCUUGACCUCCGUGCCAUCUUUGAGAUCCACGACACGGACAAGAGCGGCAUGAUCAGCUGCGACGAGGUCAAGACCAUCGCCGACGACCUCGGCUGCCACGUCAGCCCUGGGGCCCUUCAGCAGCUCACCUCCUUCAUGGACGUGAACCGUAACGGGCACAUCGACUUCAAGGAGUUCGCAACGGCCAUGAUGUUCCCAGCUGACGAGGGGGACGAGCUGGUAAACUCCUUGGAGCAGCUCUUUCAGUUCUUCGACGAGGACAACUCGGGGGUGGUGGACCGCAAGGAGCUGCUCCUGAGGCUCGAGAGGCUCGGGUUCGACGCCGAGAGCAUCGAGCAUCUGCUGCAGGACAUUACUGGCAGCUCGCGGGGGGGCCUUGACAGGAAGCAGUUCACUCAGUACUUCCGCUCUGUGCUUGUCAACGCAACUCCUUAACG